UUCCAGCAAACAUUUGUCUAGCCACCAUGCAAACAUGAUGGAGCAGUAGUUAAGUUAAAAGCAAAAGAUGUGGCGUGUGAAGGGUCCAUCUCCACACACAGAAUGGCUUUACAACCGCGUAUGAAAUGGCUUCGAAAGUUUACAAGGGAAAACGUUAUGUUUUCGGAACCUCGAAUUUCGUCCAGCACCCACUCCAAACUAUAACUACCCGAGACCCUGACACCUGGCCCUAGUGCGGAUCCAGACACGAUCGGGCUUGGACGCAUUAGGAAUGACUUCAGAGACUUCAGUGUACCCUCAAUCAGUAGACAUCUCAGAGUGAACAGAAGAACCGUGACGACUUCUACCUGGCUAUUUCAAAGUCUCAGUCUACGCCAUUGCCAUCAGGCACAACACCCAUUUGGCCAAGAUGGUUCAGCGUUUGGCUUGGGUUCCCCUAGCAGCAGUCGUCUUGACCAUCGCUGGGCUUAAUGAAGUUUCGGCUAAGCAUUGCUACUUCGGUCAGGAGCCGGACCCAGCUCACAACGGGAGACUUCGCUGGUUGAUUCCAGGAACACGCGAGGAUCACUGCUCGUGCACCAGCAUCCGAAUUGGAGGUGUGAACCCCAUGCCCCAAAAUCGACCCUACAACCCGAACUUCACGGACAACCCGCUGUUUACCAAGGACGUGAAGAAAAUACACGACUACUUUGGAUGCCCUGGUCCUGCUGACUGCCAGGAGUGGUUAGAUGCAGGGUACAAUACCAGCGACGUGUACACCAUCUACCCAACGCAGUAUCAAAAUGGCUUGCAGGUCUACUGUGAUAUGAAGAAGGAUGAAUCACGUUGGAUGGGCCUCCAGGGAGGUUGGAUUGUGUUUCAGAGGCGCCAGGACGGGUCAGUGAAUUUCACCCGUAGCUGGGCAGAAUACCGCGAUGGAUUCGGUAAUCUGACAGGGGAGUUCUGGCUGGGUAAUGAGUAUCUUCGCCAGCUCACCGGGGAAGGCAGAUGGGAGCUGCUGGUGGAGCUGCUUGUACGUAAAGCGGACGAGUCAUUGGCGAGAUACCUGAUGUGGUACCGGACAUUUCACAUCACUGGUGAAAAAUACGCCUUGCACGUUGGAGAUUAUAAGAAUAUGCCACGCCUACCCGUAUGUGAUGUCGAAACCUGCCAAUCAGCUGGUACGUAA